AUGAAUGAAGAGGAUCCAUAUGGCGGUUUUGAUGAGUACGAUCAUGCCUAUGAUGCAGCUACGAUGAUCGAAGAUCGAUCAUUUCAACAAGCUGUCGCUAGAUCGAGUCACGGGAGGAGACCGACAACCACAUCAAAUCCUCGACCACCGUCUUCUUUUGGCACUGGAAGCAUUGUCCCUUCAUCAUAUGGAAGCCGAUCUCGGGCUGGGGGUCGUACAGCGUCUGGGCAACGCAAUGAACCAUCUCGACCGAUGACAGCUGUUCGAGCCGCUGGAUACACCUCAUUUGCUAAUAAAGUUCAAACCGCUGAAGCUGCAAAAGCCACUGAACAAAAGGACGAAAGUGCUGAAGAGAAAUGUCGACAAAUGGAGAAUAAAGUAAUGGAUUUACUGAAAGAAAGCAUCAUGGCCUACGACAAGAAAGAUUAUAAAGCGUCUCUCGAGAAAGCGAAAGAGGCUGGCAGAAAAGAGAGAGCUGCGGUGAGGAUGAGAGAAAGCCUGUCACUCGUGGAGCAACUCAACCUUGACUUGACGUUCACCGUUUUGUUCAAUUUGGCUCAUCAGUACAUGGCAAACGACAUGACAAACGAGGCGCUGAACACCUAUCAAGUGGUUGUAAAGAAUAAAAUGUUCGCUCAUUCCGGCAGACUCAAGGUCAACAUUGGAAAUAUCUAUUUCAAGAAGAAAGAUUACGAGAAAGCGAUCAAAUACUACAGAAUGGCGUUGGACCAAGUGCCGAGUGUGCAAAAGGAAACAAGAAUCAAAAUCCUCAACAAUAUUGGCGUUGCUUUCAUCAAAAUGGGAAAAUACGAUGACGCGGCAAACACUUUUGAGCAUUGUGUUGAGGAGAGAGCUGACUAUUCAACAGCGCUGAAUUUGGUUCUAACCGCUUACUGCUUGGAGGAUGUGGAUCGAAUGAGAGACGCUUUCCAGAGACUUCUUGAUGUACCGCUUGAUAUCGAUGAUGAACCAAAGCCACAAGAUAAAGACGAUGUUCUGAUGUCUCAAGUAUUGAACAGUGACGGAUUGAGACAAUGGGAGAGAAGCAGACGACAAAUAGCCGAAAGAGCUAUUCUCACCGCAGCUCGAGUCAUUUCACCGGCGAUCGCUAGCGACUAUGCUGAGGGGUAUGAGUGGUGUGUGGAAACGAUCAAACAAUCCGUCUACGCUCCACUCGCUACCGAGCUCGAAAUGAGUAAAGCUGCUGAGCUGCUUCGUCAUGGAGAUUUAGAGGCAGCUGCACAAGUCUUGAACGUCUUUCAGAAUAAAGAGCCAAAAAUCGCUGCCGCCGCUGCGAACAAUUUAGCUGUGAUGAAUCUCUUGCAAGGCGAAACGAAACUGAAAGAAGCCGAGGGUUGUGUCGAGCAAUCGCUCAGCCUCGAUCAUUACAACCCGGCCGCACUCGUCAAUCAAGGGAAUAUCCAUUUUCAUCGGAAUGACCUCAAUAAAGCGAUCAUCUCGUACAAGGAGGCGCUGGCAAACGAUUCGACUUGUGUACAGGCUCUCUACAAUCUGGGUCUUGUUCAACGCCAACUGGGCAACGUCGAACAAGCAUUGGAAUGCUUCUUCAAGUUGCACAACAUGCUACUUAAUAAUGUUCAAGUGUUAUGUCAGUUGGCGGCUAUCUAUGAAACACUUGAAGAUACUGCUCAAGCUAUCGAACUCUACAGUCAGGCGAACUCUCUAGCACCAACAGAUCCAGCGAUUCUCCAGCGUUUGGCUUCAAUCUAUGAUGGAGAGGGGGAUAAAGCUCAAGCUUUUCAAUGUCACUAUGAUUCUUAUCGCUAUUUCCCAUCAAAUAUGAAAGUGAUCGAGUGGAUGGGCGCUUAUUACAUUGACGCACAAUUCAGCGAGAAAGCUGUCAACUAUUUUGAGAAAGCCGCAAUCAUGCAACCAAAUGAGAUCAAAUGGCAAUUGAUGAUGGCCUCAUCGCAUCGUCGAGCCGGCAACUAUCAGAAAGCGCUCGAACUCUACCGGAACAUUCAUCGGAAAUUCCCGGCCAACAUUGAGUGCCUCAAAUUCCUCGUUCGAAUCACCACCGAUCUCGGGAUGCCUGAGGCGAAAGAGUACGUUGACAAGCUGGAAAAAGCUGAGAAGGUCCGCCAGCUCCGAAUGCAACGCGACGCCGACUCGAGUCAAGGUAAACGAUCGGCUCACUCGGCGCAAAGUCUACCCGUUCCAGCUGCGGAUCGUCCCACUUCUCGUUCAUCUCUUCGAAUGAACAGCGCGCAACCGUUUGUCUUUGAUGAAACGAAUCCUGAAUAUCGACCGAUGACAAAGGAUCCCAAAGAUCUCGAUUUCUCCUAUCUUGAUCCAUUAGGACCGACGGCUGCUCGGCCAAAAACUGGCGCUCGCCGCACGAAAGAAGACAGUUUUGAUGAAUUUGAUGAUCGUUUGCUACCACAA